AUGGAGGACUACCGCCAGCGUCACCGGGAGGCGUAUGAGCGCCGCCUGGCGGAGCAGCGCAUGCGCGAAGAGCAAGAAAAGCUCGCGGCUCAAGCCCUGUCCUCGGAGUCUGCCUCGUCGCCCGCAACGUCUUCCUCCUCUUCGUGUGCUGGAGGGGCGUGCGCGCCGGCUCAGGGCGGCGACGCGCAGUCCGCGCCCUCCGUUUCUGUCUCCGGGUCUGCCUCCUCUCUUGCUUCUUCCGUUACGGCGCCGCCGAGUGGCGGCGCGAGCGGCGGGGCGGAUCUCCGCAACGCAGAGCUCGCGGCGCAGGAGGCGGCCUCGUUGGAAGAGGCGCGGCGCCUGCAGCGAGAGUUCGAGGCGGAGCUCGAGGGCAUUCGCCCGCCCGACGCGACCUACCAAGAGACGCUGAUUUCCGAGGAGAUUCCGUCCGCGACGCUGGCGUGGUGGCAGAAUGCAAGCUCCCUGCCUCUGGGCCUUGCGCGCUCUAGCUCCAACGCCAGCAGCCGCCGCAGCAGGAUCGAAGAGGAUGACCUCGGCACCCUGGGCGCCGCCUCGUCGCAGGGUGUCGAGGAAGACGACGCCGCGCUCGCCAGGAGACUCCAGGAGGAAGAGUACAGACGCCACAGAGGCGGCCAGGUGUCGCCGCCGUCGGUGGCGAGCCGCCGCUCGGCGCACGCGUCUCCCUCGGCAACACCGCCGCGGCCGCUGACCUCUCCGCAGCCCCUGUCCUCUCCGCAGCCGCUGACGCACUUUGGGCGGGUGUCUCCGCCGUUUGCCGCUCGCACGGCAGGGGGGAGUUUGGUGGGGGGCACGUCUUCGUUUUUCUUCUCGUCGGCCUCUGCGACGCCUCUGCCGGAGCGCGACGUGAUUGACGUCGACCGAGACAGCAACAGCGAUGUGCAGAUCGUCGCGUCCUCGCCGCCAGCGGGGGCCCGCACGCCGCCCGCGUCGGUGUCAGCGAGCCGCAGUCGCCAAAUGUCGCCAGCCUCUCUCGCGCCAGCCUCUCUCGCGCCAGCCUCUCUCGCGCCAGCCUCUCUCGCGCCAGCCUCUCUCGCGCCAGCCUCUCUCGCGCGCGUGAGACGCAGGGAAGGCGACGCAGCUGAUUCGGGUCCGCGAGACGCGCAAGACCACGCCGCGACGCGACGCGCGCCCGUCGGCGCGUCGUCCGUCGCCCCGAACGAUGCCGAGCUCUUCGCGGCGGCAGGCAUCGAUCUCGACUCAGAUGAGGCGAUCAUGCAGGCUGCCAUCGCCCAGAGCCUCGUGGACAUGUAG